AGACUUAUUUCUAUUUCUGAAAGGUGGCAACCCUGCUGACGUCAGUCCUGCAGCAGCAGGAGGCUCUCAGGUUUCAGUUAGAGCUCAAACCCAGACCCCGGUGGUUUCAGGAACCUUCCAGGGUCCAUCAUGAGGACGUAGACGAGGACAUAGACGUUGUUUGUGGUCCUAAGUUCAGACCUAAACCCUGAGGAUGGAGCUGUUCAAGCAGCAGAACGUGGAGGACUUCUAUGAGAUCGGAGAAGAGCUGGGAAGCGGGCAGUUUGCCAUGGUGAAGCGGUGCCGGAACCGGGCUUCGGGUCGGGACUUUGCGGCCAAGUUCAUCAAGAAGCGGGUCAGCGCCGGCUCCUCGCGCGGCGUCAGGCGGGAGGAGAUCCAGAGAGAGGUGGAGAUUCUGCAGCAGAACCGGCACCAGAACAUCGUCACGCUGCACGACGUCUACGAGAACCGGACCGACGUGGUGCUGGUGCUGGAGCUGGUCUCUGGAGGGGAGCUGUUUGACUUCCUGGCCCAGAAGGAGUCUCUCAGUGAGGAGAUUAUUAUUAUCAUUAUUAUUAUUAUUAUUAUUAUUAUUAUUAUUAUUAUUAUUAUUAUUAUUAUUAUUAUUAUUAUUAUUAUUAUUAUUAUUAUUAUUAUCCUGCAGCCGGAGAACAUCAUGCUGCUGGACCAGAACGCCUCUCUUCCCCGGAUCAAGCUGAUCGACUUCGGUCUCGCCCACAAGAUCGAGGCCGGAGUCGAGUUCAAGAACAUCUUUGGAACGCCGGAGUUUGUGGCUCCAGAGAUCGUGAACUAUGAGCCGUUAGGUCUGGAGGCCGACAUGUGGAGCAUCGGAGUCAUCACCUACAUCCUGCUGAGCGGCGCGUCUCCGUUCCUGGGAGAGACCAAGAAGGACACGCUGGAGAACAUCUCAGCCGUCAACUACGACUUUGACGAGGAGUUCUUCUGCCACACCAGCGACCUGGCCAAGACCUUCAUCCGCCAGCUGCUGGAGAAGGACAAGACGAAGAGGUUAACGAUUCAAGACACCCUCAAUCAUCCCUGGAUCAAGUCCAACGAGCACAAGGAGGAAAACAAGGCCAAGGAGCCGAGGAAGCGCGAGCGUCGCCAGCUGAAGACCAAGCGUCUCCGCGAGUACACCAUCAAGUCCCACUCCAGCAUGCCGCCCAACAACACCUACGUGAACUUCGAGCGCUUCGCCCAGGUGGUGGAGGACAUCGACCGCAUGGAGACGUCCUUCUGCAGCCUGGCGUCGGCCCACGACUCCCUGCAGGAGGACAUCGACGCCAUGGUCUCCAUCUACAACGACAAGGAGUCCUGGUACAAGGAGGAGAGCGAGGCCGUCCGCCACGAGCUGUCGCAGGUCCGCUACGACUUCCGGAAGGUGGAGGCCUCCAAGAGGAGCCUGCAGGACGACAUGCGGGCCUUCGGCUGCAGCCUGGAGGCCGUGAGCCGGCGCUUCCAGGACCGGCAGAACCGCCUGGACGCCCUGCGGCUGGACCUCAGCAGGGAGCUGACGAGGCUGCAGGAGGUGGUGGGAGGAGGAGGAGGAGGAGGAGGAGGAGGAGGAGGAGGAGGCUGCAGCUUCUCCACCGUCUUCAACAACGACGUCAACGAGGCCCUCAAGGAGCUGCUGGGACGAGGAGGACGAGGAGAACUGCUGUCCGGGAUCAACCUGGACCUCAGCGAGGCCGGACAGCAGAGAUGAAGGUCCAAAACAGUCAAAAUUCCGUGAAUAAAGUUGAAAUGUUGAGAAAAAAGUCAAAAUGUCGAGAAUAAUGUUGAAGUACAAUUUCAAGAAAAAAGCCGAAAUGUUGAGGAAAAAAGUCAAAAUUACGUGAAUAAAGUCGAAAUGUCGAGAAAAAAAUCAGAAUGUCGAGAAAAAAGUCGGAAUGUUGAGAUUUAUGUUGAAGUACAAUUUCGAGAAAAAAGUCGAAAUGUAUUUCGACUUUUUUCUCGAACUGAAACCGGGUCACUGUUUCAGUUCUACUCGUCCUUUUUGGUUCAUUAGUGGAACAUUAAUGAGGAUCGUUGGACCAGUUUGAUCAGAUUUUAUAUAGAGCUAUAUCAGUUAGCAUCAUAGAUUAGCAUAAGCUAAGUCAUCAGGUGAUGUCUGUGAUUGACAGCUUGCUUGGUGAUUGUUCAGCUGCUGGUGGAGAACACAACAGAGUGGACUCAGUAACACAGUGGACAGCAGCUGUAAACGCCCCCAUGUGGUCAGAAAUGAUACUGCUACACCUUUACUGCUUUAAAAAUGCAGGUUCAACAUGGUUGGAUCUGGGUUAGGGAUCUGGGUCUGGACAACUAUUGUGUAAAAAAACAAAACCAAAAAAAUCACACAUACACGAAGAAAAGAGCGCUGAAAGUUCACGACUGCGGAAACCGGAAAUGCAUUGCUUCCAAGUGAAACAAUCACAGCCCUCUCGUCUGUGUUUGGUCUGCGUCGCCUCGACGCGUAGUUACAAUUUUCGGGAGGUGCACGCCAGCGACGGCGUCAGUGGCGGCGUCAGUGACGGCGUGUGGUACGCGUCGACACAGAUCACACGCCGUAGGCACGGCGUCGUUUUGACGCAGAACCAUAACUCAGCCUUAAGAGAGAGCCACUUCUGAGUCACUGGAAAUGGAUGAUGCAUUUUCUUUUCUAUAAUUGUAAACUGAAUAUCUUUGGGUUGUAAUUCAAAUCUUUCACUAUUUUCUCAUAAUAACGGACAGAUAAAUCAAUAAUGAAAAUAAUUGUUGGUUGCAGGCUUCACUCAGUCCACUUUUAUGACUUGCACCUGUACAGUCUACUGCAGUCCAGUGUGGAGUGGAGUGUAGUGUCAUUUAAACGCGUACCCUACGGCGUAGGCACGGCGUCGUUUUGACGCAGAACCAUAACUCAGCCUUAAGAGAGAGCCACUUCUGAGUCACUGGAAAUCCUCACUCAUGCUUUUGUUCUUGUUCUGCGGUUUUACUGUCUUCAGAUCUGAUCAUGAUUUAUUAAAGUUUGCUUUUGGUUUCCAGCUGCCUUCUGGGUUCUUCUUUGA